AUGCGAAUAUCUACUGAGGUGCGGGGCGGGGCGCGGUCGCUUUGCGUUGCCAUGGUGCGAGAUCAGGCCACGUGCACGCAGCCAAUGGCGACAGCUCGCGCUCCAUCGACUCGCGUCGGCCGCCUGCCUGCCUGCGCCGACACGCUGUGGGCUCGUGACGCCGACGGCCGACCCGAGCAAAGGCGGGACAGGUUACUAGUGAUAAAUUUAACACUAGCAACCUGUCCUAUAACUAUAUCCUUCGCAUCUUGA